UGUAAAAUGUCCAGAAUGCCGUGUGAUACACACAGUUCCAGCAAAUUGAUUCCCUAUCAACAUAACUAUGCAAAGAUUUCUGUCGUCCUCCGAGAUGCCAAAUAUUCCAACAAUAAAUGUACCUACACAAGAGCCAGGACCUCAUCUACCCCUUCAGCCGACUGCUCAACCAUUGCAUCCACCGCCUUCAAGGUUGCCACCUGUUCAGCCAAUCCCAGAGCUCCCAUCACAAUACUAUCAAGCUAACCAACUCCACCAACCCUACCAACCCCAACACCCCCAAAGCCAUAACUCGCAGUCAAAUCAUCCAUCCUCUCAGAACGCACCGGUACGUGGAGGCCAAACACAGAACCCGCCAGCAUAUGUUUCUCUGUCUCAGCCGUUACCAAGCAUCCAAACAUACGGAGGAAGGAACAUGCAGCCAUCUGCUGCCAACUGUCAGGAAAUAGAAAUGGCAGAGAAAAAAGUCGAUGAAGUCGAUAUUAAGCUCAAUAAACUAUGGUGUGAUAUUGACAAGCGUGUCUCUAAAAACAAUAAUAAUAUAGACUUUGUAAGAGACAAAGUAGACUUGAACGACUUCGAAAUCAAUAGAACAAAAGUUGAUCAGAAAAAGGCGAAGGACACAUUACUUGAGAUGCAGUCGAAAACUCUGAUAAAUAAUCUGAUAAUAGGAGGCCUGACUGAGAACAGAACAUUGCCGAUUGUGCAGAAUGAAGAUCUCGUGGAACUUGUAGAUGUGAAUGAUACUGAGAAGAUUCUGGCUGACGACAUAAAUGUAACUGUUAAUGAAGAUGCGGAAGAAUUCUGUGCUAGGGAUUUGAGUGGUAAUGACCCUAUAUUUGACAAAUACGGAACUACGGAGCAAUACAAUGAGGUUGGGUACAAAACACAAGUUAUGGCCGUUACAACCUCAAUUUUCCUGGUUAUAACAUUUUCUAGGUUCGUCGCCGGAGCUGUAAAACUAUCAACUGAUUGUCCUAAGGAAAGAAGGGUUGCAGAAUAUUUGUUCGUUAAAUCCUGCCUCGGAUUUAUUUUCUGGGGCAUGCUGUUACUCCUAGGGUGUAAAAAGCAACUGAUGAAUGCAAUGGACAAUCGUUUUGUGGAAGUAUAUCUCGUCAUAGAGUCAUUGUUCUCACCCAUAUGGCUUAUAAUAGGAACUGUAUGGACAACAGGUUUUAGAGACGAGAUGAUUGAUGAGUGCCCAUUCUAUGUAGAGGAGUGGAAUAAAGCUUUUAUUAAUUUCGCCCUAUUUCUGACUGCGGUGGAUUGGAUAGGAAUCGUGCCGUUCGGGUUUUAUUGCUGCUAUGUACAAUUUGACAAAUCAAAUGAUGACAAUACAACCUAGAGAGAUUGAAAGGUUAAGGUGAAAUAGGCAUAUGAUUAAACGUGUGUUUAAUAAAAAUCAAAUGUGUAUUAAGUUUAUAAUGUAAAGGGGCACUGAUUCCUGAAACAUUUGACUCCGAUGUUGUUUUCCCACACACAAAGAGACAUUUUCUACCUCUGGCCAGCUUUAUCCAGUAAAUCUCUCCUACUGUGUUGAAAACAUGGACCCGUGAUUGUCAAAAUGAGUUUUAAGACUAACCUCAGAAGACAGCCUCAUCACCGGUGAGUUUUAAUAGAAAUAACAUUGAUGUUAGGAAGGUGUGCAACGUAUCUGCAAACUGUUAGGAACGUGUGCAACGUAUCUGCAAAAUGUUAGGAACG